AUGGGUUUCUUUUCUUCGUUUACUGAUGCCUCAAAAGCACAAGACGAGUCAGUUGAUACGUUCGAGAUUGGCCGCACCUUGUUGAACAAGCUCGAGGCCGCACAACCGGAUUCAUCAGCGCCUGGGCCAGAAGCAUCGCGACAGAGUGUGCUGGAUGAGAAUGUGCAAAAGAAACUGAGUGAGGAGCUCGCGAAAUUGCGAAAGCAGGAGAAAGAGGUGCAGAUGCAAAUUAACUUGGCCCUGGAAAAGGAGAACUUGGACCGUGAGGACAAGCCAUGGUUUGGUCGCAAAGACAAAGGUCAGAGCAGCCAUGUGAUGCAGCAGGAGCUGGAUCGUAUCAAAGCACAAGUCGAAAAGUACAAACGGCGUGACAUGUCGUCAUUCCCAGACUUGCAAAAAGCUCGUGAAGCGGUCGUUCAAUGCUACCGGUACGUGCGUCCACAUACAAGCAUGCUUGCACACCUGCCUCACUUGCACGCCAAGAUUAAGUACUAA